AGAUAAACCGCCGUCGAAAUGAAAGAGAUGAGCCCAGGCGAGCUGAGAUAAAUCGUCGUCGAAUGGAAAGAGAUGAGCCCCGGCGAGCUGAGAUAAAUCGUCGUCGAAUUGAAAGAGAUGAGCCCCGGCGAGCUGAAAUAAAUUGUAAUCAAAAUGAAAGAAAUCAGGCUAGGCGAGAACUUAAUAGGUAUAAUAUGCAUCGCAUAGCAAGAAAUAAUAUUGCUAUAGAGAGUAACUACCUCGGAGAAUUAAACCAUAAUUGUCAGUAUUGCAGUGCAAAGAAGUUUUUAAAUGAAACUCAUUUUUUGUGCUGCCAUUCAGGAAAAGUUGCAUUAGCUCCUCUUUCUCUUUAUCCGCCAUUGUUGACUGGUUUAAUGACAGGAAACCAUGUUGAUCAUGCUGUAAAUCAAAAUUUUUUUAAACACAUAAGGAGUUAUAAUUCCUCUUUAUCUUUUGCUUCCUUCACUGCCGAAAUAGCUCCUCCCUCAAAUAAUGGCCCUUUCUGUUUUAGGGUCUGUGGGCAAAUUUUGCAUCGUGUUGGAAAUUUAAGGCCUGCAGAAGGUUGUCUGCCCAAAUAUUGUCAGCUGUAUAUCUAUGAUCCUAAUGCAGCAGUGUCAUUCAGAAUGGAACAACCUGGUAAUGAUGGUUGUAUACAUGAGUUAAUGAAACUCUUGCAAACAUUAAUUAAUCAAGAAAACCUUCUGUUACAACUGCUGCUUCUUCUGUUACAAGCUCGAAGUCAUGGGAAGAAUUCAGAAAGUAUCGCUCCCAGCAUCCAGGCCCUCUAUCUAUGAGGGCCUUCCAUCGCUGGUGUUUGUAUGGGGACGACCAUCCCUCCUUUAGAUGGAGGGAUGGCACCCCAUACAACACGGGGAAUAAAGCGGAUGCUGGGAGGAGAAG